AUGUUUGCCAUCAUUUUAAAUGUGAUCCUUUGGGUCCCGCACGCCCACGCGGUGUGGGCCUGUGUGCGGUCCUGCCCUGCCAACUGCGUGUGCACCCAAGAGCGGAGCUGCUCUGUCCUCUGCGAUCGUGCCGGUCUGGGGCAGAUCCCUAGCGAGUUCCCUUGCGAAGCCUCCUCUAUCAACCUGGACAAAAACAGCAUCAAGUUCCUCUCAGAGAGGGCCUUCGGGACCUUGCCUUCCCUCAAAUCCCUGUCGCUCAACCACAACAAUAUCUCCUUCAUCACCCCGGGGGCUUUCAAGGGGCUGCCCAGCUUGACCGAGCUGAAGAUGGCCCACAAUGAGUACAUUCGCUAUCUCCACACGCGGACUUUCACUGCCCUCAGACGGCUGGUCAAGCUGGACCUGGCGGACUGCAACCUUUUCAACAUCCCGGACAGGAUCUUCAUCGAGCUGCCUGCUCUGCGGGAGCUCUUCUGCUUCCAGAACAACUUCCGGAGGAUCCCAGGUGCCAUCAGGGGCAUGGAGAACCUGACCCAUGUUUACCUGGAAAGAAACAGGAUUGAAGCAGUAGCCUAUAACUCCCUGCAGGGCCUGACCAAGCUGAAAUACCUGAAUCUGCAGGACAACAGGAUAAAUGUCGUUCACGAGCGAGCUUUUCAGGGCUGCCAGAAGAUGGAGUACCUGUACCUGAACGACAAUUUGAUCAGUGAGCUUCCAGAAAACUCCUUCGAUGGCCUGAGGUGCCUGAAGAUGCUCAACCUGGGAGGGAAUUUCCUCAGGAACGUUUCCAACACCUGGUUCAGGGACCUGGGGGAGCUGGAGGUCCUCUACCUGGACCGCAACAGGAUCAACUACAUUGAGGAAGGGGCUUUUGAAAACCUCACCAGCCUGGUUGCGUUGCACUUGAACAGCAACAACCUGACGACCCUGCCCUUUUCUGUCUUCCAGCCGGUGUACUUCCUGGGGCGGCUGUACCUCUUCCGCAACCCCUGGGAGUGUGACUGCCGCAUCGAGUGGCUGAAGGAGUGGAUGGAGAAUUACAGGCUUGUCAGGGAUAUUCCCUGUGCCUCCCCCUCCUCAGUAGCUGGGAUUGACCUGAUGGACGUGCUCUAUGAGAGAUCACCAGAAGGUUUCUGUCUUGACCCAGUGGAGCUAAAUGUCACAUCCGAAGGCCUGACCCCAAGUGAAGAGCCUUGGUCUACCACAGAGAGCAAGUUCAACAGCCUUAUCUCUAAACUCUUGCUCCAGAUGGGCCUUCCCGAAGAGGUGGCAAACACCACUGAAGUCUUCAGUAACACCACACAGCUGGAUGGGCUGACUGAUGGGGUUUCUUCUGGGGUGGGGGAAGACAGUAUUGAAGCUGCCUCCUCUUUUUACCUCCUAGCACUUUUUACAGUGGUUAUUUUGCAUAUCAUAUAG